CAAAUUUCGUUUUUGUUUUCAUCGUGGAAUGCAACCACUUAUGAUGGUUUAUUACUUUUUUACCCAUCAACCGCAGCAAUUUGCACAAUCAUCAUAUACUGUGUAUUGUUGUGACUCACUUUCCACACGGAACAGAGCAGCGAUGUCUCUCACUCAGUUACACAUGCACACCUUUCUGCCAUCUAUUCCAAGGCACAUCCAUAUUUCAUCAUCAAUCAACAAUAAUUCCAGGAGGUUUAUGCCCUGCAACUUAAGCUGGCUUAGGUCUUCACCAUUACGUGGACAUGGUAUUAGACCACACACUGAAGGGAGAUGGGAAGUUGAUUUUCACAGGCCAGCUUUUGAGUGCAAUUCAAAAACUAGUAAACAUAUUCCAGAAAAUUUGAGAACCAAGUUCAUUUGGACGGAGAAAACAAAUAAUAGUUCUCAGGUUUCUAAAACUGGCUCAAGUACAUGCUUGAAGGGUCCACAGGCUGAAAACAUGAUACUGCAAUACAUGUUGUACUUUGUACUGAAACUGGCACAUACAAAGUUUGUUGAUCUGAUGAUAAAUGUUGUCCAAGCAAUAAUUCGAGAUGUGCCUCAGACACUUAGUGGAACAAGCUUGCCACUUGCUUGUAUCUCUAAUGCCUUGAAUAAACCUAAGCCUCUUAAAUUAGACGUGUCCUUGCCUUCUUUUCAUGAUAUUAGAUGGAGCUUCGCUCGGUUGUUGUACUUAUUUAACAUACAACUUGAGAGAAAUGUUGCCACGUUCUUUGUGGUGCUCCUUGUAGCAUGCAUCUCGUUUGUUGUCAUUGGUGGUUUAUUGUUCUUCAGGUUCAGGGGCCAUAAACAAUCUCUGGAAGAUUGUCUUUGGGAGGCCUGGGCAUGUCUUUGUUCAUCAUCUACUCAUUUAAAACAACCAACACGUAUUGAGCGUGUUAUUGGCUUUCUUCUUGCAAUAUGGGGUAUAUUGUUUUACUCUCGCCUUCUAAGUACCAUGUCUGAACAAUUUAGGAAUAAUAUGCAAAGGCUCAGGGAGGGGGCACAGAUGCAAGUUUUGGAGACUGAUCAUAUCAUUAUUUGUGGGAUGAAUAGUCAUCUUCCUUUCAUAUUAAAGCAGCUAAAUAAGUAUCAUGAAUUUUCUGUCCGCCUAGGAACCGCUACAGCUAGGAAGCAGCGUGUCCUUCUUAUGUCUGAUCUUCCAAGAAAACAGAUUGAUAAGAUAGCUGACAAUAUUGCUAAAGAUUUAUAUCAUAUUGAUGUUCUUAGCAAGAGCCUUACUUUAACAAAAUCAUUUGAAAGAGCAGCUGCCAACAAAGCUCGUGCAAUAAUAAUACUGCCAACAAAAGGGGAUCGGUAUGAAGUUGACACAGAUGCAUUUCUUUCUGUUUUAGCCCUUCAACCAAUUCCGGAGAUGGAAUCUGUCCCCACCAUAGUUGAGGUUUCAAGGACCCAAACAUGUGAGUUAUUGAAGUCAAUCUCAGGAUUAAAAGUAGAGCCAGUAGAAAAUGUUGCAUCCAAAUUAUUUGUUCAAUGCUCUCGGCAGAAAGGGCUUAUAAAGAUCUACAGGCACUUGCUAAAUUAUCGAAAAAAUGUAUUCCACCUUUGCAGCUUUCCUGAUCUAGAAGGAAUGACAUAUAGGCAAACGAGACAUAGAUUUCGAGAGGCUGUUGUAUGUGGCCUAUACCGGAGUGGGAGAAUAUACUUCCACCCAAAUGAUGAUGAAAUUCUGCAGCAAACUGACAAAGUACUGUUCAUUGGAUCCCUAGAGGAUAAAAAGCAACAAAUUGUAACCCCAAAUGGGAAAGAAGGAAAGCAUGGAAUUCAUAAUGAGGAAGUACAUGAAAAGGAUGUGGAUUAUGCCUUCGAAUUGAGUAAAUUUAGACUUUCUAAUAUUGUAAAACGUCGCAGAUCAGGUUCCAAGGCAUCAGACGGGAAGCUAGGACCAAAAGAGUGCAUUCUUUUACUUGGGUGGCGACCUGAUGUAGUAGAUAUGAUUCAAGAGUAUGAUAACUAUCUUGGUCCUGGAAGUGUUUUGGAAGUAUUAUCAGACACACCACUAAAGGAUAGGAUUAUUAGAGAAAGCAACAGCAUUGGUUAUAGCAAACUCAAGAAUGUCCGAGUUUCUCAUAGGAUUGGAAGUCCCAUGGACUAUGACACUGUAAAGGAAGCCAUUUUGAAUAUUCAGACUUCUUUGAAGAAUGAAGACAUUCCUUUGUCAAUUGCUGUGAUAUCUGACAGAGAAUGGCUUCUUGGAGAUACAUCUAAAACAGAUAAGCUAUCUUCUUAUUCUAUCCUACUUGCUGAAAAUAUCUGCAACAAACUUGGAAUCAAGGUACAAAAUCUAGUUGCAGAAAUUGUCGAUUCAAAAUUGGGGAAACAAAUUACUAGAAUCAAGCCAUCAGUGAUCUACGUUGCAGCAGAGGAAAUAAUGAGCCUUGUAACUGCUCAAGUUGCCGAGAACAGUGAACUAAAUGAAGUUUGGAAAGACAUACUAAAUGCAGAGGGUGAUGAAAUAUAUGUAAAGGAUAUUGGCCUUUACAUGAAAGAAGGAGAAAAUCCAUCAUUUGCUGAGCUUUAUGAGAGAGCAUAUUUAAGGAGAGAAGUGGCCAUAGGUUAUGUGAAAAACAACAAAAAUGUAAUCAACCCAAUUCCAAAGUCUGAACCCCUCUCUCUUGAAUUGACUGACUCAUUGAUAGUCAUAUCUGAGCUGGAAGGUGAACAGCCCAUCGUUUUGUAAUUAUGAGGCUUUAAUCAUGUUGAGAAUGAUUUAGGACAAUUCUUAUUCCUAUUAGGAUGAUUGGUAUUCUUGUGUACAUCUCUCCUUUUUCAAGCGGGGGAUUUAUUUAGAAUAAAUAAUAAAUAAAUUUGUUACAAAACGAUGUUUAAAUGUAAAAUAUGGAAAUGGAAAUUUAAUUUACUUUCUUGCACUGCAAAAUAAAAAAUGCAAUUAACCCGU